GCAUUCUUGGCUUGCAUUUUGAUUUUAGACUUGAUUUCAAUAAUUAUUCGUUAAGUAUUGAAGUAUUUUGGUGAACUGUUUUGUUUUUAUUAGUUUUAUCCUUGUUUUAUCUACCUAGAAGUUAUCUAAUGUACACUUGAAAGAAUUCCCAUUAAGUAGGUACCUAAUGCAUUUAUUGCAUUAUCUAAUAUUUAAAUAAAGAACAUAACAUUUUGGUGGAUAACCAUGAAUGAAGAACAUGUUUCCCUUCAAUUUGAAAAUACUGAAAAGAGCAGAAUGUUAGGGGUAAAACCCAAUGACAAUGAAUUUACUAGUUACUGCCGAGCCUGCCUAAACAAAACCGAAAAAAUGAUAUUCCUGUUAGAAAAUACAGAAACUACAAAUGAUAUUUUCACUAAAUUCUGCAAUAUUUUGAAUUUAGAAAUUGAACUCACAAGCAAUUAUCCUUCAUAUUUUUGCGAAAUUUGUCAUGAUAAAAUUUGCAUUUUUUUUGAGUUUAAACAGCAAUGUCUGUCUUCGAACGAUUUGAUUUCUCGAUACCCAGAAAUUUUGGAAACAGAACGUACUGAAAUCAAAAAUGAAGAAGUUGUUCUCCAUCCUGAGAACCAUGACAAUAAGAAAUUUAAUACCCAAACUAAAGGAGAAUUCAAUGACAAUGAGGAUUCAGACGAUUCAAUGUCAGAAAAACUAACCAAUGAGCUUUAUAGCAGUAGUCUUCAAUUACAAAAGUUAACUUUGGCCCAAUAUAAUUCUGAAGAAGUUACUCGGGCCAUAAAUACUGUCCGAGACAAAUUAUAUAAACACACUGCCUGUAUUUUUUGUCCAUUCAAUGGUAAAUCUAAUAAAACCUUGAGUAUACAUGUUGUUAAAACUCACAGUGAACAGAAAAACCACUGGUGCUAUAGUUGCAACAAAUUAGUAGACGAUUUAAGCGUACAUAACAAAAACACACACAAAGAAGACCUGAAAUGUGAAUUUUGUGACAAGGUUUUUGGUAAUAUAAGUCAUUUUAUGGAACAUAUGGCCUGUCAUGCAAGUUCUAGAGAGCACAAAUGUGAAAUUUGCAAUUUGCAGUGCACCUCAGCAGCAAAUCUUAAAGUUCAUUUAGGAAAGCACGCCAUCAAACAAUUUGCAAGAAAAGCCAAAGCUAGAAAAUCAAGACUGAAGCAGUAUAGUUCGGAUGAAAUCAAUAAAGCUAUACAAAAUGUCAAAACCAAAUUGUAUAAACAUACUACUUGUAUUUUCUGUUCAUUCAAUGCUGGUUCUAAUAGAAGUUUGAGUGUACAUAUGACUAAGUCGCAUAGUGACCAGAAAAAACAAUGGUGCUAUGCUUGUAACCAACUUUUUGAUAAUUUAGCCUUACACUCUCAAGAAGUUCAUAGUAAAGACCUGAUGUGCCAAUUUUGUAAUAAAUCCAUUAAAGGUUUAAGUCAUUUUAUGGACCAUAUGGCUGGUCACAGAGGUUCGAGAGACCAUCAGUGUCAAAUUUGUAAUCAAUUAUUCGCGUCCUCAAGAAGCCUUAGGGUUCAUGUUGGAAAAUGUGGCAGAAAUAUUCAAAAUAACGACGGUAAUGUGACAUUGGAAAAUGGUCUACAGGAAGCUGGGCCUCUUAACUACUGUCAAAAAUGCAACAAAAAAGUGAGAAGUUUACCACAACAUAAUAAAUCUUUUCACUUGAAAAAUUCCCGCCAUACUGCAGAAAAACAACAAAAGGGUCUUUGUAAUUAUUGUGGCAAAAAAUUUGAAACCAUGUCAAAACUUAACGCCCAUGUAAGAAUCCAUACCGGUGAAACUCCUUAUAAAUGUCGAUAUUGUGAUAAAAAACUAAGAACCAGAAACUUUUUGGUGGCUCAUGAACGAACUCAUACAAAAGAGAAACCUUUUAUUUGUAAUAUAUGCUACAAAGCUUUUUCUCAAUCAAGCUGUCUUCGAACCCACUCAAAAAUACAUACAGGUAAAUCAGAACAAUGUCCAAUGUGUGAAAAAAGAUUCUGCAGGGCAGCUGAACUGAAGUUACACAUGAGAACACAUACAGGUGAAAAACCUUAUCGGUGCGACGAAUGCGAUAAAAGUUUUGUGCAAAGUAGCCAUCUUAUGGAGCACAAAAGACGCCAUCUAGAUGAUAGACCUUUUAAAUGCCACGACUGUCAGAAGGCAUUCAAGGAUCUCAGCACUUUGAAAUGUCAUUUACAAAUUCACUCGGGAGAUAAGCCUUUUAAGUGUUCACAGUGUAUGUAUGCAUGUAGACAGCCUUACAGUUUGACUCAGCACAUGCUUCAGCAUGAAAAAGACAGGCCCCAAGUUGAUAAUCCUCAUGUAUGCGAAAUUUGUCGGAGGAGCUUUGGGACUAUGGCUCAUUUAAAUGCUCAUUACAAUAGGUUUCAUCCAAAUUUGAAAAAAACGGUUGGAGGACCAGUAAUGGCAUUUCCUGUUGAAAAUAUUGAAUUUGUUUAUCAAACUGCUGAAAUUCCAGUAGUUGGCAAUGGGAAUGAGCUAGUGAAAUUUGAUGCUGUUAUGGAAUUUAGUGAGAUACAAUAAAUUAUUUAUAAAAAAAAUUUACCAUGUUUAUUUAUCAAAGCAGUUUACCAAACAGAGGAACGUUCAUCUCAUUACAAUUCUUCUUAUGAAAAGGGAAGAAUAUAAAUGAGCCGCAAAUCCACCAGGCAGACUUGGCUAUGAAGAACCAACUCGUCAAUCAUCUUGAUGAACUUCUUUCUGAGAUGGGUGGAGGACUCGUAACGCUCUGUAUCAAGCUUAUGAAGAGCCUGUAUAAUCAGUGCAUUCGUUCCAACUUGAGAUCCCCACAAUGACAAAAAAGAAAAGUUUUAUAAUCAUCUAUAUACAAUGUGUCGUAUGCUUAAGGACUGAUCACCCUUCUACAAAGUUUAUUUUUCAACCAGUCCAAUUAGUUUUUUUUUAUUUUUUUAUGUCUACUCGAAUUUGGUACUUAUUAGGCUAAUAAUUUUAUUUCUG